UGACGUGGCAGACGCCUAUAAGUGGGACUCGGACUCGGAUUCCUGUGACCGUCCAGACCUAUGGUCAUCAUUAUCAUCGUCGAAACCUCAGCCGGUUCAACCCCCCACUGCGGAAAGACCGAAACGGUGUGAGGGCGUCACAAUUCGACCAGAGUUGAACUGUCAGCUUCGGACCAUGUCAAAACCUCCUCCGUCCAAUAAGGCGUACGCAGGCUGCUUCUUCUCCAAUGCGUUUGGCCUCCCCAACUUGGCGUCGUUCUACCUCGGGGCCAGAGCCUCCGUUCCUCCUCCCACCACAAUCACACGCAUGAAUGGACUCAGCGCGUGUUUGUCUUCGAAGGUGAACACCGUAAUCCAGCCUGGUCUGCUAAUAGUUGGACAAAACUACCGAUUUCAAGGAACUCUGGGGAGCAUUUUGAUUGAGUUAGCCGAACCUGCGCUAAUUUCUGGCUUCACACUUAUCCACCCGUCCAAAUGUGAAAUUCCCAACGGAUACUUUUCAUCCGCUCCAAAAACUUUCACCGUUUAUGGGCGUAUGGCUGGAGGAGGUAAUCUAGCGAAUGAAGAGGCACUGGAAUUUGGUCGAUACACAUACAGAGACAGUGGACCCCGGGCGCAAACAUUUCCUGUUCAGUCCACCUGCGUCGGUACAGAACUACACAAGAGCGUGCUUGUGAAGUUUGAGGAGAAUUAUGGCAACCAGAACUACACAUCAAUCUACAAGUUUGAAGUGCAUGGACUUUUUGCAAACAAAUUACUUGAACGACCAGAGGCAAGAUGUGCUGAAUGUGGCAAUACCAUUUAAAACUAAAUAUUAUUAGUAAUUAAAUUAAUAUGGGGUAUAUAAGUAUGGUACAAAUGAUGAAAAUAAAGUGAGGCGAGAAAUACA